UUAGUUUUAUGGACAUUUACCACCCAACAGGAAAAUACCCGGAAAAAUCGAUACACGAUGAAAGGAUUGCUACGUAGGCUACGUUUCCUCAUGUGACGUCGCAUGUAAGUGAGAGCCCCCGAAGAGUAGGAAAAAGGAAGGAGGAAGGGAUGAGCAAUGUCGAUAUUGAAACGUUUGUAGAGGCUUUAUUUGUAUGUAGUUUUUAAUAUACAUAUGAGGUUGAUUUUUUUCCCCUCAAAGCAAUAUACGCGAUAAUGCAUAAGCCAUCCCUGUGUUAGACUAUGCACCGACGCUGGACUUGCACAAUCAAAUCAGUAACGACCGUAAUUUUUGGCAUAUGUAAACACCCACUAAACGGAAAUAAUUUUCUCACACCGAGUCGACACUGAAGGACGUUUCACGGGCCUGUUACGUUUAUGCAGAAAUGGCACAGCUAUUGUCUCUUGUAAUUUUCAACACACUUCCCACUCUUAUCGUAUCCAUACAUAAUUCAACAACCGGAGGGUGCGCUAUCAUUCGCCCUCCAAGAGAUGGAGGGAUUCGGUACAGAGGACUGACUCAGGAACAGAUUCGCAGUGUGCAGAUUUUGCCUGUAGACUAUGAGAUAGAGUACAUCUGCCGGGGCAACCGAGUGAUUGUGGGUCCGAAGGUGCGGAAGUGUCUUUCCAGUGGUACCUGGACCGAUAUCAAUCAGCAGACCACCUGCUUGCUGCUGUGUCCACGUGUCUGGACGUCUUUGGAGAAUGGGAGAGUGACAUUGCAGCCCUCCGGCCCUCCAGCAGAGGGUACUGUGCUGCAUUACAGCUGUCAUGCUGGCUUCCUGCUGGAGGGCAGAAACGUCUCUCACUGCACCAAACUGGGCAGAUGGGACUCACCCAAGCCAUUGUGUGUCUAUGACAGAAAUUAUACAGGAAAGAAGAAGUUGUACAUCGGCGCUUUGUUCCCGAUGAGCGGUGGAUGGCCCGGAGGACAAGCGUGCUUGCCCGCUGCUCAGAUGGCAUUAGAACUCGUGAACAACAGAAGCGACAUCUUGCCUGAUUACGAACUGGAACUUAUAUAUUAUGACAGCAUGUGUGACCCAGGGGAAGCCACUAAGAUCCUGUAUGACCUCCUCUACACAGACCCAAUAAAGAUUGUCCUGAUGCCUGGCUGCAGCUCCGUGUCAACCUUGGUGGCAGAAGCCGCUCGCAUGUGGAACCUCAUUGUGUUCUCGUACGGCUCCAGCUCACCGGCCCUGUCAAACCGGCAGCGCUUCCCCACCUUCUUCCGCACACACCCCUCGGCAACACUGCACAACCCCACCCGUGUGCACCUCUUCCAGAAGUGGAACUGGACCAAGAUUGCCACCAUCCAGCAGACGACAGAAGUCUUUACUUCGACACUGGAUGAUUUGGAACAGAGGGUGAAGGAGGCUGGGAUUGAAAUAAGCGUCAGGCAGAGCUUCCUCACUGAUCCUGCCGUGGCUGUUAAAAACCUGAAGCGGCAGGACGCCAGGAUCAUUGUGGGCCUCUUCUACGAGACUGAAGCCAGAAAAGUCUUCUGUGAGGUCUACAAGGAGAAACUCUAUGGCAAAAAGUAUGUGUGGUUUCUUAUUGGCUGGUAUGCAGAUAACUGGUUCAAGAUCAAAGACCCAGCCAUCAACUGCAGUGUGGAAGACAUGACAGAGGCUGUGGAAGGUCACGUCACUACAGAGAUUGUCAUGCUGAACCCGGAGAUUGUUCGCGGAGUCUCCAACCUAACAUCUGCAGAGUUCGUAGCACAGCUCACAUCCCGUCUGGGGGGGAAGAACCCUGAAGAAACUGGGGGUUUCCAGGAGGCUCCUCUGGCAUAUGACGCUGUGUGGGCGCUGGCUUUGGCCCUUAACAAGACUGUCACACCACUACAUGCAAAAGGAAAAAGACUUGAAGACUUCAACUACAAUAACAAGGACAUCACAAAAGAGAUAUACAGAGCUCUCAAUACCAGCUCAUUUGAAGGAGUAUCAGGCCAUGUUGUCUUCGAUGCCCAGGGUUCUCGAAUGGCUUGGACACUCAUAGAGCAACUGCAAGGGGGCAGUUACAAGAAGAUUGGAUAUUAUGACAGCACAAAAGGCAAUCUUUCCUGGAACAAUAGUGACAAGUGGAUAGGGGCAGGACCACCAGCUGAUCAUACAAGGGUGAUCGAGAAGUUUCGCUUCCUUUCCCAGAAGCUGUUCAUUUCCGUGUCUGUCUUCGCUGGCCUGGGGAUCUUACUGGGCAUAAUGUGUCUCACUUUCAACAUCUACAACAGCAAUGUUCGGUACAUCCAGAACUCUCAGCCGUACCUGAACAACAUUACGGCUGUGGGCUGUGUGCUCGCGCUUGCGGCCAUCUUUCCCCUGGGAAUUGAUGGACAACAUGUGAAGGAAUCACAGUUUCCUGUGGUGUGUCAGUUUCGCUUGUGGUUGCUGGGACUGGGUUUCAGUUUAGCCUAUGGCAGCAUGUUCACGAAGAUUUGGUGGGUUCACACCGUCUUUACAAAGAAAGAUGAGAAAAAAGACAGGAGGAAGCACUUGGAGCCCUGGAAACUCUACACUACUGUUGGUGUUCUAGUGGCUGUUGAUGUCCUCUCGCUAAUGAUCUGGCAGAUUGUUGACCCAUUGCACAUUACUGUCGAGAAAUUCACUAAAGAAGCCCCUAAAGGAGAUGUCGAUGAGUUGAUUCAGCCUCAGUUGCAGCAUUGCAGUUCUAAGAAAAUGAACACCUGGCUUGGUGUGGUGUAUGGCUAUAAGGGACUACUCCUACUGCUGGGCAUUUUCCUGGCCUAUGAGACCAAGUCCAUCUCUACUGAGAAGAUUAACGACCACCGGGCCGUUGGCAUGGCCAUCUACAACGUGGCUGUACUGUGUAUGAUCACUGCUCCAGUGACGAUGAUUCUCUCUUCUCAGCAGGAUGCCUCUUUCGCCUUUGCCUCAUUGGCCAUCAUCUUCUCUGCCUACAUCACCCUGGUGGUGCUCUUUGUGCCUAAGAUGCGACGUUUAAUUACACGGGGAGAAUGGCAGUCAGAGCAACAGGACACGCUGACGACAAGGUUAUCAGUCAACAACAAUGACGAAGAGAAGUCCCGACAGCUUGAACGGGAGAACAGAGAACUCCAGAAAAUUAUCCAGGAAAAAGAGGAGAGAGUGACAGAGCUGCGGAACCAGCUGGCUGAGCGGGAGGCGCUCCGUUCGAGGCGUCGCCCCUCCUGUCAGAACCAGAACCAGAACCACAGCAGCCUGCCUCCACCCUCUAAGCAGGCAGAGCCCCCAGGCUAUAUGGCCGGGUCAGACCAGGCCGUCCUGCCCCCUUCCUUCUCAAACUCAUCCAACCUCUACCAGGGGGAGAGCAAGUUAAGCAGGAACCACUGCCACAACAGCCGUUUGCCUCUGCUCUACAAGUGAGCCAGCCAGGAGUGACAUUUGAUGGGCUGUGCAUUGAGUAGGUCUAGUAUAGUGUGUCGUUUAAAAUAACUUGCUUCUAAAUUUGGGCAUGCUGACUCUCUGAGUGCAUUAUUUGAUUACCUCUGUUCCCACCAAUAUUUAUGUCUUUGUCAUGGCAUGUUAUUUAUCUCCCACUGUAUCAAUAUGAAAAUCCUAUUGUGUGUCAACAGGUGUUUAGAAACAUGCAAUUUAUGCAGGUGUGCUGUGCUAAUACUGUAACACCUACACAGGUAUAUAAAGCACUCAGAAUAAAUUAGCCUUGAGCAGAUUACUGAAGUGUAAUCAGGGCAAGGCCAUGUUGCUUAUUUCUAGUAUCUUGAUCACUAACCUUUGCGUCAGUACAUAUGACCUGAUCUUUCCCCAUGUACACAGACAGAAAGAUAUUUCAGUCCUGGUGCUCUUACAGAAGCGAGACAGAUGAUGAAACUCAGUAGAAAAUGCAAUUUGCUCUUCCUCCACAUAAUGUUCUCACCUGGGGGAAAUACCCUGCAAGAGCUUGUUGGAGCCAAGGGAAGUCAUUUUUGAAGGGGAGUCCCUGAUCUUCUUUUUCAGAAGAGAAGCUGUCGUUUAAAACCCUUUCCCUCAGAGACUACUCAUGUACUAAAUAAAGUAGACUCACAUGAACCACCCAUAGUUCUUUGCAAAAAAGACUGUUCUGUUGCUUCCUGUCACUAAAUGAGUCUUCCUUCAGGUGACGUUCCUUCCAAACGGAAAAAAAGAAUUUCAUAAAGACUGCUUCUCAGGAAAGGAAGAGAGAAAUGAAGUGAGUAGACUAUGAAUGAAUUCAGGAUCGUUUAUUGUAGGCUAGUGUUUCAGUUACUUAAAACAGGUAUUUCACCAAUGUAUAGUUACAGCAAUGUUUCAUCCACUGUUUCACAGACACAUACUUUGACAUUACUGCAUCGAGCCAAAGGUCAAGUGGCUUGAUCUGUAUUCCACAACAAUCUGAUGGUCUCAUGGUUACACAAUCAAACACAUUCAAGUUUGGAUUCUAAUCUAAUAAAAUUAGCAUUCUUUCUUUCUUUUGUAUUUCUCCACUUUUAAUUUUAAUUAAUGUUUUAUACUUGAAUAUAUCAGUUUUUAACACCUUAAACUUAACUUAAACAUCUCUGUUUUUAACUUUUACUCUGCUAGAGAGGGAAAGAACAUUUGUAAUCCUCUACAUUUAUCAUUUCAUUUAUAAAAUUAUAAAGUGCCCAUCUAAACUUGGAAUAUUGUGUUUAAAUGCAGUCCCACAUUCCUCCACACAUGACCUGUAAUAGCAUGCCUGUUAUAGUACACCUGUUGUAGCACACAUGUUAUAGCAUGCCUGUUAUACCAUACCGGUUAUAGCACAGCUGUUAUAGCAUACCCUUUAUAGCUUAUAUGUACUAUCUUCUUUACCAUUCACUGGGAAAUUUGGGUAAUUAUGGUGGGAUAAAAGACCUUAAAUUAAAUUAAUAUUAGCUAUUUAAUCAUUUGAUUGGCUCAGAAAAUUGGUGAAUUCACUGAUUGUACUACGGAUUCUAUUAUUAUUUUCCAGUAAUGGAUUUAUUUGUGGCCACACUGUGCUAUUUGCAAAGAACAGAGGCAAAAUGGUGCUGGAUCAAUUAAAAAUGUUUCACUUCCAUGUGUAGCAGCUAAACAGAAGAGGGAACAAUGCAGUGUUCAUGGUGAGACUGCUACACAUUCCACUUUUUUAAGAUCAGAGUUACCUUGUAAAAAUGCCUGUAAUUUCUUUCUGGAUUUAGUACAUUUCUAAGCCUUACAUAAACUAUUUACUGUGCACUCUUAAGAAAGAUACAGUAUGUCUGUGUCAAAGAAAAAAUGGGACCUUUUAAUAGUUCAUAAUUUUUCUCUUUAAAGUGGUUAGUUUGGAUGAUAAUGUAUUUCUGUUCAAAGACAAUCAUUCUGAGUACUGAUUUUAUUGUGCAAUAUUUCAAUAAUAAGAUUAUGAUUUAUGAUACGACAAUAAGACAUACUGAAUUUUGCGUUUGCACAAUAUGACACUAUUUUAACUUUUGAAAUGAUAAACUUGCAAGUAAUUCUGUUAACUUGCUCAGCUGGACAUGUUUAAACAUAGCACCUCAUAUGUUCCUUCAGCAUGUAAUCAUCAUAUUUAGUCAUUUAGCUCAGGGUAUGUCAUUAUAUUAUCACCAUACAUAUUUAUUUAUUAUGUGUGUUCACUAUAAAUUAGUAACUCUGAGAAUCAAUCCAUCUUUAAAUCAACUAAAUUCCUGUCAUUUUGAAAAUGUAUGCAUAUUUAAUAUAUGUAUUGCAAAUACAAUGCGUAAAUAAUGUUUUUCUUUAUAUGCAAACGUUUUGGAUGUUAUGGUACAAUAAAACCCAUUGUUUUGCACUGACCAUAAAGGUUGUAUAGCGGACUAAAACACUUGUUAAAUGUGAUCUGUUAGUAACUGUUGAACAGUAACAUAUGAACAGUUAAUUUCCAACAAAUUAGAAAGAAAAAUUAAAAAGUGAAACAUGGAAA